AUGUUACUAUUUAAAGUAUUAACUUUAGUAUUUUGUAAUAUUAUUUUAAUUUUAUCUCAGAAGCCUGCAACAACAUUAAAAACUGGAUACAAUCAAGAUGAAGCUAAGAUAUUAUUUAUGUUAAGUGCAGGAGCUUACUCUAUAAAUCCUGAGCCAUGUAUAGCAAGAAGUUUUGAUCCUUCUUCGAAAUUUAUACUUUUUAAUAAUCAUUCUGAAACAUGUGAUUCUGGUGGUAAUAUAUGUUCUUUUUAUACAAUUGUUAGUCCUGUUGAAAAAAAAAUUAUUAUUGUCUUUAGGGGUACUAAAACUAAACAACAAUUAUUAAGAGAAGGUAUAGCUUCUUUACAAAAUGGUAUUGAUUUCUAUGGAAUAGGUCUUGUCAAUAGAUAUUUCUUUAGAGCACAUAAUGUUUUAUGGGAUGAUGUUGUUAAGAUUUAUGAAGAUUCAAAGUAUAAUAAUUAUAAAGUUUAUAUUACUGGUCAUUCACUUGGUGGAGCAUUAGCAUCAUUAGCAGCCAUUAGAACACAAAUUGAAGGUUAUAGAAAUAGUAAUGACAUUGUUUUAUAUACUUUUGGUCAACCAAGAGUUGGAUCACCUAAAUUUGCCUUUGAAUUUGAUAAAUUAAUACCAAAUAGUUGGCGUGUUAUUCAUAGACUUGAUAUUGUUCCACAUUUACCAGCCUGCGCUAAAGAUCACAAUUCAAGAUUAAUUAAAUUUGAUAAAGAUGAUAGUAAACCAUGUAAUCCAUAUGGUGGUGAUUAUCCAUAUCAUCAUGGAACAGAAAUAUGGUAUCCAAAAGGAAUGAGUGAAAAUGAUACAUUUUAUGAAUGUACAGGAUCACCAAUAAAUGAAGAUUUUUCAUGUAGUGAUUCAUUAAGUUUUGAAGUUUCAAAAUAUAGUACUUAUAUAAGUGAUCAUAGACAUUAUUUUGAUCAUAAAAUAACUUCAUUUGGUAAGUUAGGUUGUAUUCCAAAUGCUCGAGGAUAUGAAGAGAUGGUUCCUGAUGGUGCUGAGGUAGCAGAGUCAACACCUGAAAAUAAAAAAAUAAUUGAAAAUUCAAAUUCAGCAUCUUCAUCAAGUGCUGGAACUUUCACUAAGAUAGUUAAUAAAAUACAAAAGAUAUUUGGAUGA